AUGGCCACCAAAUCGACCGUCCACGUCAAGAACAUCGCCGCCGCGACCGGCGAGAGCGAGAUCCGCGACUUCUUCAGUUUCUGCGGGAAAAUCGCCGAGUUCAAGGUCACGGCCUCGGGCGACACCAAGAUGGCCGACGUCACGUUCGAGAAGGAGACGGCGAUGAAGACGGCGCUGCUCCUCAACAACACGCAGCUCGGCCCCAACCACAUCACCGUCGCCAGCGCCAGCGGCGACAACAACGAUGACGGCUCCCACUUCGCCAAGAGCGACGACCGCGACUCGGACGAGCUCACGCAGGAGGAGAAGCCUCGGGCUCGCAUCCUCGCCGAGUACCUCGCUCACGGCUACGUCGUCGGCGACGCCGCCAUCGAGCGCGCCAUCGACCUCGACAAGCAGCACGGCGUCUCGAACCGCUUCCUCACGACGCUGCAGGGCCUCGACACAAAGUACCACGCCUCGGACCGGGCCAAGGCGACGGACCAGAACUACGGCAUCUCUCAGCGGGCCAACAGCCUCCUCACCGGCAUCGGCUCGUACUUUGAGAAGGCGUCCAACACGCCGACGGGCCAGAAGAUUGUCAAGUUCUACACCGACGGCUCGCGUCAGGUGCAGGACAUCCAUGCCGAGGCCCGACGGCUGGCCGACCUGAAGAAGAACGAGCACGGCGGCAGCGCCUACAAGGCCGCCGGUCUCGAACGCGUCUUCGGCAAGGAGGCGGAGAAGAAGGAGAAGCAGGAUGACGGCGCCGCCUCGACUGCCCAGGCCGCCCCCGCCGGCGCUGCUCCGGCGGCCACGGCCGGCGAGAAGACGGGAUAG